CCUGGGUGUCCGCGGCGACGUCUCCAAGGCGGCAACUGCUUCCAACAUGGCGGAGGGAAGCGCUGCUGGAUGCCGGGCUGCAACAAGCUCCAGUUCCACAAUGCCAAGUGCGGCAUUCGCGGCGAACCCCGCAUCUGCACACACCCAGACUGUUCCUACUUCGCUGUAGGGUCCAAUGACAAGUGCUUUGGUCACGGAGGCGGUAAGAAGUGUUCCGAGCCAGAUUGCACCAAGCGAGCUGCUGCUCGAGGAGGUAAGUGCUACGAACAUGGCGGAGGGAGAAGAUGUUCCUACCCGGGCUGCAAGAAGCGUCCUGUCCUCAGCAACAAGUGCGCCACUCACGAUGGAGCGCGGAUAUGUACACACCCGGAUUGCCCGCAUAAAGCUGUGUCAAAUGGCAAGUGCUUUACUCACGGAGAAUGCCAGCGAUGCUCGGAGCCAGGUAGCACCAAACGCGCCCAUGUUUAG